AUUUAUUUAUUAACCUAGCUUACAGCUGAAUGAACCGCAGGAAGAAAUUAAUUAAGGAAGAAAAUAAGAGGGAUAAAGAGGAUACGUGUGAGAGAUAUGAACAGUUUAUUAGGAGGAAAGAUGGUUUGGAGUGAAGAUCUGAGCAGGGGGUCAAGCCUUACUCUGGGUAUGGGGUAGUUAAGAAUGUGGGAAAGGCGAAGUAUAAUGCUCCGAUAGUUGAAAGGAAGCCGUCUGGUGCGGUUACUGGUGACUUCUUUUCUGAUAGUUCUAUGGAUCUGAAAAAACGAAUGGAAAUGGGUGCUAGAGUAAAGGCAAUGGCAAAGUUUCGACAACAGAACUAUUCUGAUUUAUCACUCACAUUUAAAUCCAUUGAGCUACCUUCUAUUUCAGAGACUAAGUGCACUUAUUCUGUAGAGAAAAGUCAGCAGAAUGGAGAGCGGAAUCUCGCUUCUCAGGGAUUUUUGGAUUUCAGUGACAUUUUAGCAGAAACAAAUUAUUUAAAAAAGUCUACAAGCACAGCCAACUUUACUCCGAUGGUGAUAAAAGAGAAAGAUAUAGAUUUUGUCCAAUCAACACCUAUUGCAAAGAAAGGUGCUAAGUGGCUUAAUGCAGAUAUAAAGGAUCUGAAGUAUUCUCCUACUAACUUCAACUCGAAGUCAAAAUUUUAUUGCCCAUCUCCAUUGAAACUACCAGAGAUUAAGAGUAAACCUCAAUCAAAAGGGGUUAAGAAAAAUCCAAAUUUAGGUCCUAAAAAACCAAUGAGGAGGACUUUUUCUUCGAGGACAAUUAACAACCCAAGCCAAGGUAUAUUAAGCAUUAUGGGUAAAUGCGAUUCUUUGCUCGAUGAGAAGAGCCAAUAAUUCAUUAGUUUCUCUAAACUCAGCCAAAAGA